AUGGCCAUGCGACCAAUCAAAGACGCAGGCUGGUACUCUGAAUCCAUACAGCAUCUCUACGCAUCCAACACUUUCUACUUUCCUACCUGUACAGCAUUCUUCUGCUUCCACCGUCUUGUACCAACCCACCACUUCCAGGCUAUCCAAUCAUUGUACUUGAAGUGGGCGAGCGACAACCCCUGGAAGCUAUACCUGAUAUGGGAGUUCUGUGAUGGCGUACCGCCCUACGACGUCUCAAGCUGGAACCAGACCUGGAAGGUCAUAUCGAAGAUGGAAGCUCUCAAGUACAUGAGGGUUGACCUGGUAGCAUGCACUAAUCGUCCUGAGCCGUACUCCUAUUUUGAAGACGUCUUAUUUGCCCCGCUGAAGAAAAUCGAGGGCCUGCAACAAUUCGACGUCUUUCUUAGCUGGGAAGAAGGCGAAACAAACCAGCCUCUGCUGCACAAUUCUCCAACAAAGGUCAUAGCUUUCGAAGCUCACGAUCCAGACGACCCCCGGAACUGGUCGAAAGCGCGCAAAUGGCUAAUGGUUGCUGCCAUUGUCCCGAUAGACCUCAGUGUCUCCUGGGGUGCGAGUGGCUUUAGUCCUGUCGCGAGCGACUUUGCGAAAGACAUGGGCGUGUCGCCGAGCGUCGCUGUUCUGGGACUGAGCAUGUAUGUUCUUGGGUUGGCUUUUGGACCUAUGACUUUGGCUCCUCUUUCGGAAUACUUUGGACGGAGACCUGUUUAUAUUGUGUCUUACGGUAUCUUUCUCUUGCUCCUUUUGGGGACGACAUAUGUAGAGAACCUUGGGCCGUUUCUUGUCCUGCGUCUGUUCUCGGGUUAUUUCUCAUCCACGACCAUUUCGAACUUUGGGGGCACCAUUGCAGAUCUCUUUCAUCACCAUGACACCGGGCCAGCAAUGUCCUGGUUUCUCUGGGCAGCGACAGGUGGCAGCCCUACCGGCUUCGUGCUCUUCUCUUUCAUCGCGCAUGGUCGAUCGUGGCAUGCUGUGUUCCGCAUCAUGUUUUUCAUCUGCUUGACCUUCUGGGUGGUCAUGGUCGUCGCGCUCUAUAGCCUCGGGGAAACACGACAUAGUGUAAUCCUCCUGCGGAGAGCAAGAGCCUUACGACAGCAAACAGGCGACGAAGGGAUUGAAGUGCCGGAUGAAAUGAAGCAACGAGGACCGAAGCAGCUGUUCACUACAGCACUCGCCCGCCCAUUCAGGUUCUUGGGCUCUGAAGCUAUCGUGCAGUUUGGUGCACUCUACAACGGGUUUCUAUACGGCUUGAGCUUCCUCUUUAACGGAGCCUUUCACAUGAUCUUUGGCCCGAACGGAUACGGUUUUGAUACCAUCGGCGUCGGUAUCUGCUUCCUCGGGAUUGUCGUCGGCAUCACAUUUGGGCUAGCUACCAACGUCUUACAGGAACGAUACUACCAAAGGCGGGUUUCUCAGGCCGGCCAUCGCGACGUCCCCGAGGCCCGAGUGCAUCAUGCGAAGCUGGCAGCUAUUGUGCUACCAGUAUCUCUUUUGGCUUUCGCACUUACCGCAACGCCAAACAUACACCCCUUCUUCGCAGUCCUCGCCAGCGCGUUCUGGGGAUGGUCAUUCUACACUCUUAUUCUGAUGACCCUUACUUACACCGAAGACGCCUACAAGACGUACUCAGCAUCAGCACUUGCCGGGAUUGGACUCAUUCGGAAUCUUGCUGGUGCUGGGUUCCCACUCGUCGGGAGACACCUGUUCUUGAACGUAGGCACCAGGAACGCGAGUCUGCUUAGAAUUCGUCGGCAAAUCACAGUCAUCACAUACCCAACCACCCAAAGUACCAUCAAAGUCAUUGCAAUCGGAUCAUCACGAGACGAGCGCGCAAACAAGAAGAUAUACCUGGGCAAGAACGUGGAACGGAUUUCUGUACCCGACGAUCUCCACAUUCCAAUCGAAUCAGAGACCCCUGGUCUACUCGCGUUCAAUCUUUCCAUCAGCCACUGA